AUGUCGGACAAUCGAAAAAAAUCCCGACGUCGGCGAUCUGUCGAUGAAGCACCUGAAUUAACACCAAUUGAAAAAUCUAUUGCUAAACAUCUUCGGUUUCAAUGUCCAACUAAAAAAGGUAUGUUAAUGGGUAUGCAAGUUGUUUAUUUUAAUGGACCAAAAGCAGUUGAAUGUCUUACUGAAUCGAAAUGGUCAUCAAUAAGUACCAAAGCAUUAGCUGGUCAAACAACUACUGAUAGUAAACAUCCCGUUUGCUUUUCAUCUAAACAUGAUGCUGUUCAAAUGCUUCGUAAAUUUUUGGAUAAUGAGAUGUUUCGUCGAGUUGUUAAAGUAUAUAAAGAAGAUAAAUCUACUUCAGAACAAACAUCAUCGAAUAUUACCGGUGAUACAUCUCAAUCUAAUACACCUCGUGCUGUACGACAACGUAAAACAAAAGCAACUGCAAACGCAGAAUCAACACCAAAAGAAGAUGAUAAUUCAAAAGAAAAAGAAAAAGCAAAAAAGAAAAAAUUUAAAUUUGAAUUACAUGAUGAUCAAUUAUUUGUUGAUAAUAUAAAUGAAUUUUAUGUUUGGAUUUAUUCUCCAACAACAAUUAAACAAUAUAUUAUGGGUGCUUUACUUGUCAUUGGUUGUAUUGGUGUUUGUCUUUUUCCAUUAUGGCCUGCUGAAGUACGCACUGGAGUGUAUUAUUUAUCAAUGGUACUCGCUAGUUUACUUGGUUUAUUAUUAUCAUUGGCUGUUUUUAAAUAUAUUUUGUUUGCCGGUGUUUGGCUAUUAACAUUAGGUAAAAUAAGAUUCUGGUUAUUACCUAAUUUAACUGAAGAUGUGGGAUUUUUUGAUUCAUUUGUUCCCUUAUAUAUACUGAAUGCAGAAACAAAGAAAAAAUCUAGUAAAAUUAAUAAUGAAAAACAAGAAAAUAAUAAUGAAAAAGAUGAAAUAGAAAAAUCUUCAAAUAAAAAAGAAAACCUCAAUGAAGAAAAGAAAAAAACAAUUGAAUCUAAUACUGUUGAACAAGCUGAAAGUGAACAUGAUGAUGAUGAUAAAGAAAAAUCAACAAGUCGAUCAAGUUCAAUAGAUGAAACUGAAGAUGGAAAUAAACCACAGAAAUCAUCCGAUGAAGAUUUUGAAGUACUCUCCAAAGAUGAAUUAGAAACGAAAUAA